UUUAAUUGUAAAUGUGAGAAUUUUUUCUGUGUAAUUAAUAAUGCAUUAAUUGUCAUUGAAUAUCACGAUGUAAGAUAGUAUACUCAUUUCUUUUAGUGAAUCUUUAGUGAAUCUGAAUUGUAGAGUGAGAUAGAGAAAUGUUUUAAUAAUAGGUGUUUGUUAAUCGCGGUAAAAUACUAAUAAUAAGAAAUUUCGUAUUGACGAGAUCGACGUUUGUUAUAAGAUAGUAAUAAAAGACUGGUUCAGUUAAAUAAACAGUAAAUUUUGUAGGUAAAGUUUUAAAUUUUGUGAUGCUCUUGAAUUCAAUUCGAGGUUAUAUGUGUCAUUGAAAAUGAGUGAAAAACAGAAAGUAUUAAUUUGUGGAGACGUAGAAGGCCAUUUUAAGUUCUUAUUUAAUAAAGUUGAGGGUAUUAAUAAAAAGAGCGGACCCUUUGAUUUUUUAUUGUGUGUGGGAAACUUUUUUGGUGAAGAUAAUAUAGAACUUGAGGUCUAUAAAAAUGGCGCAAAAAACAUUCCCGUUCCAACGUACAUUAUUGGCGCGAACAGGGAAUCCGAUUUAAAAAAUUAUCCAGAGGAGGAUGGUUGUGAAAUAUGUCAAAAUCUUACGUAUUUAGGAAAACGUGGUGUGUACACUGCUGCUUCAGGACUGAAAAUAGCCUAUGUCAGUGGUAUAGAAAGUAAUUCUUCUGAAUCAAAAUCUAUCUACUUCAAUGAAAAUGAUGUUGUAUCAAUUAAGAAUUCUUGCUUAAGAGGCCAACCUAGUUUUCGUGGCAUUGAUAUAUUGUUGACUUCCCCUUGGCCUGUUGGAAUCACAAAUUUGGAUCCUAAUAAACCAAAUUUUAAUUAUAAAGGUUCAAAAUUAAUUGCAUGGUUGGCUACUCAAAUAAAGCCAAGGUAUCAUGUAUCAGCAUUAGAAGGUAUUCAUUAUGAAAGACCACCAUAUAGGAAUCAGAGCCAGAAAGAUGGUAACAUUGAAAUAGCAACAAGAUUUAUAGCACUUGCACCUGCACUAAACACUCAAAAGAAGAAAUGGUUAUAUGCAUUAAAUUUAACUCCUGUUGAUAGAACGCGUCUGUCUGACUUAGUUAUGAAGACUACAGAUGAAACAGAAAGUCCUUAUCCUAAGGCAAUGUUAUCAAAUCAACCUGGUGUACAAAAGGAAGAGCCAAAGUGUGCACAGUUCUUUUAUGAUAUGGAAUCUAAAGAUACUACAAAGAGGUCAAAACAUUCAGAAGGACGCAGUAAGAAACCGAAACCAGAAUUUGAUCAAGCAAAAUGCUGGUUUUGUUUGUCAAGUCCUGAAGUCUCCAAACAUUUGGUAAUAUCAGUUGGAGCAGAGAAUUAUGUUGCCCUUGCUCGAGGCGGCUUAGUUGAAGAUCACUUUUUAAUUUUACCAAUAACACAUCAUCAAAGUCUUUCAAUUUUACCAAAAGAGGUAAAAGAAGAAAUGGAUCAAUAUAAAAAUGCGAUUACAAAAUACUAUGCUACUAUGGACAAAGUACCUGUAUUCUUUGAACGAAAUUAUAAGACUUCUCAUUGUCAGUUACAAGUUAUACCUAUUCACAAAAACUUAGCACCUGGUUUAAAGGAAACAUUUGAGGAAAUGGCAGAGUGUAACAAUUUCAAAAUUACUGAACUACCACCACAUACAGAUCUACAACAGAUUGCAAAACCAGGUGUUCUAUAUUUUUAUGUAGAAUUGCCAAAUGGAGAAAAGUUAUAUUACAGAAUUAAAAAAGAUUUUCCACUUCAGUUUGGUAGAGAAGUAUUAGCAGCUGAUAGAAUAUUGGAUAUUAGUGAUAGAAUUGACUGGAAAGAUUGUCAAGUUACAAAGGAAGAAGAAAUUGAACUAGCAAACAGGAUUAGAAAAGAAUUUCAACCAUUUGAUUUAGAUACAUGAAAUUGUAUAAAGAAUUAACAAAUCUAUAUUGUAAUAUAUGUAUAUACAUUUAUACAUAAACUUUUUUUAAA